CCAGGAAGUUCAUUUCAGAGAAAACGAAACUCACACACGUCUCUCUCCUUCUCAGUGUGUGACUGCACAAAAAAAAUGGCAGAGUUUGGUAUUUCAGAUCAGGAUCAAUUCAUCUGUCCAGUGUGUCUGGAUGUCUUGAAGGUUCCUGUAACUACCCCUUGUGGUCACAGUUACUGUAAGGUGUGUAUUAAUGGAUUCUGGGAUCAGGAGGAUGUGAAGGGCGUCUACAGCUGCCCACAGUGUAGAGAGACUUUCACUCCAAGGCCUGUUCUACGCAGGAACAAUAUGCUGGCUGAAGUGGUGGAGAAACUGAAGAAGGCUGAACUCCAAGCUGCUUCUCCUGCUCAUUGUUACGCUGGACCUGGAGAUGUGGAGUGUGAUUCCUGCAGUGGGAGAAAAUACAAAGCCGUCAAGUCCUGUCUGGUGUGUCUGGCCUCCUAUUGUGAAGCUCAUCUUAAACCUCACUAUCAGUCUCCUGCCUUUAAGAAGCACGAGUUAGUUGAAGCCUGUGCAGAGCUCCAAGAGAAGAUCUGCUCUGAACACAACAAACUGAUCGAGAUCUUCUGUCAUACUGACCAAAGCUUCAUCUGUUACUUAUGUAUGAUGGAUGAACAUAAAGGUCAUGAUACAGUUUCAACUAAAGCAGAAAGAACUGAAAAACAGGAUGAGCUAAAGGAGGAGCAGAUGAAAUCCCAGCAGAGGAUCCAGAAGAAGAAGAAGAAGGUGCAGGAGCUAAAACAGGCUAUGGACACUAUCAAGAAGCGUUCACAGGCAGCAGUAGAUGACAGUGAGAUGAUUUUUACUGAGAUGAUCAGUUCCAUGGAGAAAAAGCGCUCGGAGAUGACGGAGCUGAUCAGAGCUCAGGAGAAAGCUGAACUGAGUCGAGCUGAACGACUCCUGAAGCAACUGGAGCAGGAGAUUGCUGAUCUUCAGAGGAGAGUCACUGAGCUGGAGCAGCUUUCACCCACACACGAUCACAUCCACUUCCUCCAGAGUUUCCCGUCUCUCUGUGUUUCUCCUGGAUGUGAAGACUCUUCUAGAUUCACUGUCAGUCAACAUCUCUCAUUUGCUGGAGUGAGGAAAUCUCUCUUAGAUCUGAAAAAACAAGUCGAGGAAAUUUGUGAGGAUGGAUUAAACAAAAUCCAUCCACAAGCUGCAGCAAUUCAGAUGAUUUUCCCUUCAGAACCAAAGAGCAGAGAAGAUUUUCUGCAGUAUUUCUGUUAUCUGACUCUGGAUCCAAACACAGUAAAUCCUUACCUCAUUCUCUCUGAGAAGAACAGAGCGGUGACAUUCAGUAAGACAGACCAGCGAUACUCUGAUCAUCCAGAGAGAUUUAACUACUGGGUUCAGGUGUUGUGUAAGGAGAGUGUGUGUAGACGCUGUUACUGGGAGGUGGAGUGGUGCAGUAAGAGCUGGGUGUACAUAUCAGUCUCAUAUAAAGAGAUCAGCAGGAAAGGAGAGGGUUAUGAGUGUGGGUUUGGAUUCAACAAUCAGUCCUGGAGUCUGGUGUGUUCUUCUUUCUCUGUCUCGUUCUGGCAUGACUACACUGAGACUGUGCUCCGAGGUCCAGCAUCCUCCAGAAUAGGAGUGUAUGUGGAUCACAGUGCAGGAACUCUGUCCUUCUACAGCGUCUCUGACACGAUGACGCUCCUCCACAGAGUCCACACCACAUUCACUCAGCCUCUAUACGCUGGGUUCUGGAUUGGUUCUGACUCAACUAUGAGGUUAUGUGAUCCAAAAUGAAAUGUUGGUAAAAGUGUUUAGUAAAAUUAUAACUGAGGUGUCAGAUUUAAUUUCAUCCUGAACUACAACAGUAAUUUUGUGUGCAGAAACUAUAACAGUAAUGAAUGCAGAAUGUAUAAUGUUUGCAGAAAAAAAUUUUUAUACACACACACACACACACACACACACACCAUCCAUUCAGCAAGAGGUGUUCAUUAUCAUGGUAAUGUUAGCUAACGAGGCUGUGUACUUAUUUAGUGAAUGAAUGAAAACACACUGAGUGAAUUAAUGUGUGCGUUCUCUGCUGAUAGUGACAGACUCAAGUUGGAGACAAAAUGGUUAAUUUAUUUUAGCACAACUCAUCAGUGUAAUGCAGUCUCCAGUGGAGGCUAACACUAGACAGCUAGCUGACACAAGCUAAUCUGACGGGAUAACUAUAUCAUUGGGAAAUUAGCUAAAGAUUAAAAUUUAAUUAAGUUAAAAUAAAAAUUAAAAAUGUAAUCUAAAAUAUUGAUUUAAAUAGAAAUGAUUAAUGAAUGUUACAGUUUGGGUGGCACGGUGGUGUAGUGAUUAGCGCUGUCGCCUCACAGCAAGAAGGUCCUGGGUUCGAGCCCCGGGGCCGGCGAGGGCCUUUCUGUGUGGAGUUUGCAUG